UGCUAUAUAUUUGCAUGGCAACUAAACGGUAUUAAAAAAAAAGCUGGUAAAAUGUUGUUUUUUUUUACCCAAGAUUCUUAUAGCUGAAUGCAUUUUCAAAAUUUUUAAUGAAAUGAAGGAUUUUCCAAAAAAAUGGAGUAUGGAUAUGGUGGACACAGAAACAUUUAUUGACUCGAUGAAUCGUCUAAUGAAUAAUGAUGACGAUGACACGUCCAGCAGUUCUACCGACGAUACCGACCCGAACAACGCGCAACCGUUACACCAGAACCAAACUCAACCGUCAUACACAAACCUUAUCAACGACCUGCUCAAAAAUCAUCCGAACGCCGAGUACGGGCAUUUCGAGUCGUACGCCAACGCCAUGUAUUGUCACGACUGUCAGAUGAUGCUACAGCCAAAGUACGUUACCCGAAUUCCGUGUAAGGUGCCCGAGUUUAUCGUGCAGCAAGACGGUACCGUGAUCUACGUACACUCUAAAUGCGAAAAACUGGACUUGACGAAACACAUCAAUUCCCUAGUAAACCAAACUGGAAGCUGGGAAAAAACGUACUGGCAAAUAUGGUCGGAAUGUCAUUUCUUAACUUGCAUCACGUGUAAAUUUCAGUAUCCGGUGAAGAACUCUGCCAUGUGCCAGUACCAUCCGGAAAGCCCCGAAUACUUUCCGAUUGGAAACCUGGGCUUGGAACAACCCAUAGGCCGUUAUCCGUGUUGUGGUGAAAGAGCUUUCCGAUUUGAACUAGUGAAAAAUCCUUUCGGGUGUAAAUUUCGCAUGCACGUUCCGAAUAAGGAAAACAUAUGUUCUGGACGUAUCGUGAAGUUGAUGUGUGGUCAUAUGGAUUUGACUGUUGCACACCCUCCUGCGUUGAAUCGUGAAAGCAAAAUCAUGAAAUUCGUCAAUUUGGACCCUGGAAUAAAAAGACCAAAUUAUCAACAUUGGUGGGUAAAAUUGACGUUGGGGGACAAUGGGUAUACACACCAACCAAUAGUUUCAUUGGGAUGUAAAUUUUCAACUGGUCAGAAGAAACUGAAGAAAUGGAAGGAUUUAAAUAAAAGGAGGGAAAAAAAUCUAAGCGAACUAAAAAAGUGGGUGAACAUCAACAAUAAGCAAAUGAUCAUAAAUUCCUCCAAGAAUUCAAUGAAUAUCAAAGAAAAUGCAGACGCCAAUCCUCCAACAUCAAAUGAAAAAUUAAUUGCCGCCAAGAAUUUGAUAAACCAAGGGACCUUGUGGAAAAAAUCAUCUCCGAUGACUUCCAUCCAGGAUUCACAAAGAGAACACGAGUGUAGUUUCUUCGACGAAGUCAUAAUUAACUGCCUGAAAUCGAAAAAAGGAGGGAAAGGUUAUCCCGACCAAAUCAGAGAUAGUUAUACUCAGAUUCGAGCAAAUAUGCUAGCCAAAAUCGAAGCAGAAAAUAAAUCCACUAUUUUGAAACCCACGAAGUCAGCUAUCGGUAAUAAUUUGUGUGAUUCUACAAAUUUAACAAAAAUAAUUGUACACAAUGUUUUAUAUUAUAUAAUAUUUAUAUACAAUAGUAAAUUUGAUAAGCUAAGAUAUAACAACAUGGGAGGAAGCGAAGGGACACCGGUGUCUCACCAAUGGGGUGAUCUUAAAAUGCCUGUAAAAAAAAAAUAUGCUUAUGCAUGCUUUAUGUAA